GCGCAUCAGAGCAUCAGUACCGCGCGCGAUGAACUCAGGAUGUGAGCGAGCAAGUGGCGGCGGCUUCGCCAAUGUGUCCAUUUUUAUCGUCAUCUAGCGACCGCAUCGACCACACACAAUACAGCGCGUGGACGUUGCUUUGUGUGAGCCCCUGACACCAUCAUAUCCCGAUAUCUGCAUCACACGUGAGCCGAGACAAGAAGACAAGACCCGACAUGACCUGCCAGGUGCUGCUUCUGUUUGGCAUUGGCCUUGCCCUGACGCGGCUGCCUGCGGCUUUCGCCCAGUGUGAAGACCACGUGAGUCCGCGACUGUGUGCUGCAGACCCGGAAUGCGAGGUGUCUGGCACGUGCUCUGCUGUGAGGCAGCUGUGCGCGGCGCCACUCGCCGUCCCUUGCAGCGCCCGUCCAGGCUGUAUCAUCAACGACGACGGACAGUGCGUGAAUGAAUUUGAAUGCUCCACCCAUGAUGACCAGCUGUCGUGCCGGCGAACGCCGCUGUGUCUGUGGUUUUUCACGUGCGUGCCGCGCGAGGGUGGAGAUACCACAAGCACCACCGAGGCAGAGCCGACAACAGCAGAGCCGACAACAGCAGCGACGACAACGACGACCUCGGAGACGACAGCGUCCACCACCACGACAUUGGCUGAGAGCUCAACGAUGCACUCUUCCACGCACGAAGCAACAACCACCAGCACCACGGCUACGGAAACCACGACUGAAGGCGACGAGAGCGGGUCUGGAGAGGCGACACUUGAACCAACUAUUCCCUCCUCAUCCUCAUCAACACCAUCCACCGGUAACACGACGAACACCACCACUGCCGGCAACAGCAGCAGCACAACGGCGUUCAUCAACCUUGGCACGCUCUUCCCAGCCGCUGCUGGUGCUGAGGGGAGUGCCACCGUGAACACGGCCUCGGAGGCUGCUUCUGGCCACGCCGCCAUGAGCGGAAACGUGGUGGUGGCCGUUGCCAUUGGACUCGCUGCGCUUGUCAUUGCUGGCCUCCUCACCUACUUCCUCCGGCGCUCAUCGCAGCCGGAGGCACAGGCCGGCGAGGACGUGUGA